UUCUCAGACCCCAUUCCAUUAAUCUUUUUCUAAGGUCACAAAAAGAAGUUGGUUUUUUCAUUCUGUUAUUUCAAGAUUGGCUCAAAUUCUCAUGCUUUUCUGUUCUUGACAAAUGGAAUCAUUUUUAUGGGCCUUUGUUUAAAGUGGUUUUUCGUUUGAAAGCACAAAUUCUUUAUUAUCAAGAAGAAGAAAAAAUUCAUUUUUGUGACUUUUGGGUACUUGGGGUUUUGAGAUAAUUCUUUUUGGUGAUUUGGGUAUCUUUCUUUUUCCUUAUUGGUUGUUUGUUUCAGCAGAUGAGGGCUGGUUACAGUCUGAACCAACAUAUUUUUGAGUGAUUUUGGGAAAAGAUUGAAUCUUGUUAUUGUUUGUAGCUUGGUAGUGGAGUGUAAUUGCUGUAAGUAUUGUGGAGGUGAAUUGUAGAGUAAAAAGAAGCAGUUUUUACUGCACCUAGGGGAUCUUGAUUUGAAAAAAAAAAAAUCAAUUUUAGAGCAAGUAUUGUUGAGGUUUUGAUACUAUAUAGUGAAUGUUGUAAAUUUAGUUAGCUUGUGGUGGUUUGUUUGACAAAGAGUUUGAAAUUUGCAGCUAAGUUCUACUUUGGACAUAAAGCCAAAGUCUUGAGUACUGUGGAGAAAGAUUGAAUCUUGUUUUUGUUUUCAAAAUCUUUGGUUUUUAACUUGGAUAGUAGAGUGUAAUUUGAUGUAAGUAUUGUGGAGGUGAAUUGUUGUGAAUGCAAAUUGUAGAAUAAGAGGAAGUGAUUUUCUGCGUACACUCUAUCCUCCGCAGACCCCUCUUGUGGGAACGCACUAGGUUUGUUGUUGUUGUUAUUGUUAUUAGGGAUCUUGAUUUGGAAAUAUCAAUUAUAGAGCAAGUAGUAGAGUUCUUGGACUGUUGUCAUAUCAAUGAUAUUUGCAGAUAUUGAUAGUACUGUAUAGUGAAUGGUGUAAAUUUUAGUUAGUUUUUGGUGGUGGUGAGAAUUGGAGAUGUCAAUUGUUUCACCCCCUCCAAGUUCUUCUACACCAUUUGCAGCUCCACCAACUGCUUUGAAUUCUCCAGCACCUAUAUCUCAGCCCAAUGAAAACUCAUCUUCGAUUGCAUCUCCACAAUCUACUCCUCUUGUAGCAACAUCACCACUGCCACAAUCCCCUCCUCCUCCAACAAAUAUAACAUUGCCUCCUCCAGCCUCAUCUCCACAACCACAACCACCAAUUUCUACUCCAACACCUCCUGCAAAAUCUGCUCCUCCAAUUAUUAAUCCUCCACCUACACCGUCUGGUCCGCCUGCUAGCAGCUUAACACCACCUCCAUCUUCUAGUCCACCUGUUAGUUCGCCAGAACCUCCAUCAUCCAGCAUAACAAGUAGUCCACCACCAUUACCACCUCGACCAGAACCAACUCGUCCUGCAAGUUCACCUACACCUCCAUCGACGCGUCCCCCUUCAUUGUCGCCUCCUCAUUCAUCAACACGCCCCCCUGCAUUGUCACCUCCACCACCUGUGCAAAAUCCAAGAACUCCUCCAGCACCACGAUCACCGGGGAAUCCAUCUCCCGAACCUCCUAAAAGGUCACCACCAUCAUCCAAGCCACCUGCGAAUGCACCUCCAUCCAAGCCACCACGAAAUACUCCAGAUUCCCCAGCCUUAGUCCCUCCCAAAAAUUCACCCCCUUCACCAGCUGCAUUACCUCCUAUUAAUUCAGCAUCUUCUAGUUCACCCCCUACAAACUCAUCUCUACCAACACCUACAGCACAAUCAUCACCACCUCAAUCCACCAAUGGUGCACAACCUUCUCGUACUCCUCCUUCACCAUCAUUUCCUUCAGGCAACACUACUACAUCCAGUAACAGUUCAGCAGUAAAAUCAAAGGAUAUAGGGGAUGGAGCCAUUGGUACUGGAGGGUCCGUUGCAAUUGGCAUCAUACUUGUGUUUCUGUUGCUUGGUAUUGUUGGAGCAGCGGGAUGGUGCAUAUGGAAGCGAAAGAAAAAAGAUUCAGGCCUGAGUGGUGGUUAUAUCUUGCCAACAACUCUGAUCUCCUUUCCAAAAUCAGGUUCUGCCUCGUUAAAGUUUCGAGAAUCAAAACCUGAGAUUGGAAAUGGAGCUGGCUCCAAUAUUGCGAACACGACAGGAAACACUGGUGGAUUAGGUCAUUCAAAGCCAUGGUUUACUUAUCAAGAACUACUUGAAGCUACUAAUGAAUUUUCAGAGCAUAAUCUAUUGGGCGAAGGUGGAUUUGGUUCCGUGUACAAGGGAUGCCUAGCAAAUGGGAGAGAUGUAGCAGUAAAGAAGCUUAAUAUUUAUGGGAGCCAGGGGGAACGUGAAUUCAGAGCUGAAGUUGAAAUCAUUAGUCGAAUACAUCAUCGACACUUGGUUUCACUUGUAGGUUAUUGCAUUUAUGAGAACGGAAGGCUCCUUGUAUAUGACUAUGUCCCCAACGACACCCUUUACUUCCAUCUCCAUGAGCAGGGAAGAACUGUUAUGGAUUGGGCAACACGUGUUAAGAUUGCUGUUGGUGCAUCCCGCGGAAUAGCUUAUCUGCAUGAAGAUUGCUGUCCUCGCAUCAUUCACAGAGAUAUUAAGUCACCUAACAUUCUUUUGGAUAACAACUUUGAUGCUCGGGUUGCUGAUUUUGGAUUAGCUAAAUUAGCUCAGGAUGCAAAAAGCCAUGUUACAACACGUGUAAUGGGUACGUUUGGAUACAUGGCCCCUGAAUAUGCAUCCAGUGGAAAGCUGACUGAAAAAUCCGAUGUAUUUUCCUUUGGAGUUGUGCUUCUGGAGCUAAUUACUGGACGGAAGUCUGUGGAUGCAUCUCAGCCUUUGGGGGAGGAAAGUCUAGUUGAGUGGGCUCGACCUUUGCUUGGUAAUGCACUUGAAAAAGAGGAAUUUGAUCAGUUGACAGAUCCUCGCCUUGGGAAUAAUUACAUUGACAGUGAGAUGUUUCGAAUGAUUGAGAUUGCUGCAGCUUGUGUGCGUCACUCAGCUGCAAAGAGACCAGGGAUGGGACAGAUCAUGAGAGCUUUUGAUAGUAUGCUAAUGUCUGAUUUGACAAAUGGGAUGAAAGUUGGUGAAAGUGCAAUAUAUAACUCUGCUGAGCAAUCUGCACAGAUAAGAUUGUUUCGAAGGAUGGCAUUUCCUAGUCAAGAUGUUAAUUCAGAUUUUUCGAGUCAAAGCACCAAUUAUAGUAGAGAGUUGUCUGAACAUGUUUAGAUAAAACAUCUGUUAAUAUAUCAAAGGCUGCUUUAGCUGAGAGGUACACUGAUUAAGUUUUGUAAAGUAGAUCUCUUUUUAGCUUGACAUACAUGUAGUUUCUGCAAUUUGACAGCAAUUUUUUCUGUAAGUAACUGGUACAGCUAAUUAAGAGUUCAUUCAUUUCCUUUCUUGUUCAAGAAGGUCACAAUGCAAGUCUUGAUGAAAUGUA